AUGAGGGCCUCGACCCUAGGCUCCGAUUUCCCCGCCUUCAACCGCCCCUCUUCCCAGUGGAGGCGUGAGGCUCCGAAGCAGAACAAGAAGUUCUCCGUCUCCAAGGGGCGGGGGAGGGGGGGAAUAGACUGGGGAAAGACUGCCCAGGCCCCGGGCUUCGUGGUACCCACGCACGCGGGGGCGGUGGGCACGCUGCCGCUGGGGGGCUACGUAGCGCCCGGCUACCCCCUGCAGCUGCAGCCCUGCACUGCUUACGUGCCGGUCUACCCGGUGGGCACGCCCUAUGCAGGCGGGACUCCGGGGGGAACGGGAGUGACCUCCACUCUCCCCCCGCCGCCCCAGGGCCCAGGGCUGGCCCUACUGGAGCCGAGGCGCCCGCCACACGACUACAUGCCCAUCGCCGUGCUGACCACGAUCUGUUGCUUCUGGCCUACGGGCAUUAUCGCCAUCUUCAAGGCAGUGCAGGUGCGCACAGCCUUGGCCCGAGGAGACAUGGUGUCGGCCGAGAUCGCUUCACGCGAAGCCCGGAACUUCUCCUUUAUCUCCCUGGCCGUGGGCAUCGCAGCCAUGGUGCUCUGUACCAUCCUCACCGUAGUCAUCAUCAUCGCCGCGCAGCACCACGAAAACUACUGGGAUCCCUAAAGACGCUCCCGGCCGGGUCCCACUCUGCGCCCCUCGACCUCCCAGGCGUGUUUUGCAGUCAUGCUGCGGCCCAGCACACCCGCCUCUGGGGCCGCCGGACUUCGAUACAUCCUAAACUCCGCCUCCACGGAACCUCUCGCCUCGCGAGCACGCUCCGAAUCCAGUUCCUCAGGAACCCCUCUAAAGCCCACGCCCCUAGGGACGCCGCUUUCCGGGAUUCCCGUCAAACGCCAGACCCUCAGCCCCUCCAGGCCCGCACCCUCUCAAAGUGCGGCGACCCCAGUCCAGCUCCCUCUGUCCCUUCCCCGCAGCCCGGAGUUUGGUCCCCAAAGCCCCACCUCCCCAGUAGGCUCCGCCCCAGCUCUGGUAAAACCCCGCCUGCAGGUCGGCAGGCUCCGCCCUCUUCUCCGCGGGGUGAUUCAGUCCGGUGAUUUGGUUUGGGACGCCAGGCCUCGCCCACGGACCGGCAGAUUCUUCCCUUUCUCCCUGCAAGAGGACCGAGCCCGGGUUAGCCGCGCCCUUACGCUCACUCCUGGUUUUGCUAGUACAGUUUCGUCCCUCCUCCACCUAGGUCUCUGCCUAUUUUCUUGCUAAUCCCAGAACUUUUCUUUUUGCUGUUUUUGGAAUGAGAUGUGGGAGAUUCCCGUUUUAGGACCGUUCACCUUGGGAUAAGAAACAUGUUCCGUUCUUUGUAAAUACUCCCACCCAUUCCUACCCCUGGGCAGCCGGGCAGAAGGGAAUUCAGGAUACAGAUCUCCGAAUCCCAGAAGGGAACCGGCCCGCUUCCUGCUCCCUUCAGCGGUCCCCGCCUUGUUCUGAUCUGUGUGUGCGUGUGUGUGAACUUCUGAAAGACUAUAUUAAAAGAGACUUAGUGGAUUUAUCGCCCGCAA